ACCCAAACAAAAAUCCUCUAUAAAUUAUUAGUUUUUGUGUGUCCUUUUGUUUUCUCCUUCUCUCUUCUAAACUUUUCUCUCUCACCCUAAUUCACCUCUCUCUGUAAUUCUCACACCCCAAUUCUUCUCUCUUUGGGACUCUACCAAUUCCCAAAAUUAAUGGAAAAAGGACAAAAGUACUCCAAUUGGCAAACUCCUUAUAUGGGAGAUGAAUCUUCCUCUUAAACUGGUGGAGCUUUCUUCCUCUGGAUCUCAAUAUCUUUGCUGAUUAUAGUUUCUGCUUGGGUUAGGAAUCUAUCAGAGGGUUUGCUUCCAUUAAAAGGGGAGAUGACAAAGCAUAUGCAUACGCCAGUCACAAAGAAGAUGAAUAAAAUUACUAUCAAGAGAGAAAUCCCUUCUGACAUCUCGAAGAGGAAGAAGAUUACUAGGUGCAGUUCAGUAAACGCUAAAGAAAUGCAUGCUCAUAUUGCGUUCGAAGUGCUAACUCGGCUACCCAUCAAGACCUUGGACAUAUUUAAGUGUGUAUCGACAUCUUGGUCUUCAAUGAUCCGUCAACCUGAAUUCAUGAAAGCUCAUAGGCCUUGCGGUGGUAUACUCAUCCAUCAUUUGCCCGACUAUUCUCGCUUGAACGACCUCUAUUACGCGUCCCUAAAUGGGAAGAAUGAAGUGUUCUUUCAUCGAGCGCGUUUGCCUUAUUUUGGUUAUAAGGAUAUUACCCCCGUUAUAAAUGGCCUUGCUUGCCUUCACACGGGUCAUCAAGUUUCACUUUUUAAUAUAUCUACUCUUGAACUUAUGGAGCUUCCCUCCUCAAGUUUACGCGGUGAAGGGCUUAGUGUUUGGUAUGCUCUCGGUUUUGAUACUGUGGAUAAUCUGUACAAAUUGCUUAAAUUGAGUAGUACAGUUGCUAAUCGACUAGUCUACGAGAUCCUCACUCUUGAGACAAGUUCACGAUCGGCGUGGAGAUGGAGAGAGAUCGCUCAGGAAGGUUUACCUUGGUUUUCCACUGUUACUGAUCAAAGUUACUUUGUGAAUGGUAUAAUCUAUUGCAAAUUUAGAACUCCGAACUUCCACGAGAAUGGGGCACAAUAUCUUCUCGCCUUUGAUGUCCACCAAGAGCAUUUCACAAUUUUCAACCUACCACGCGUGCCCUCACAUGUAUUCUCAAUAUUUGAGCGCAGUUUCAUACUAUUUGGUCAAGUUGAAGGGCGCCUAGCCGUAGCACGUGUUAAGAAGACACAGUUUGAGACGGUUUUGGAACUUUGGGCGUUAGAAGAUCAUCAAAACUCUAUAUGGAGCAAGCACAAUAUAGACUUGCCUGAUGAACUCCUUAGAUACUUUCAUACGGUCAAGCCUAUUGGGAAUCUUUCUUCCGGUGAGUUAUUGCUUUGCGGUUCAAGUUCAAGUUCAAGUGACUAUCGCCAAACGAACCCGUUUUAUGUUUAUGAUCCCGUCAACAAGAAAUUUACAAAAUUGAUGGUUGAGCUUCCCAACUCACUAGGCUCGAUAGGACUAUUUUUUAAUCACAUAACUUGUCUUAUGGAGAAGAUAACCCCACUGAACGAUUUGGUCGGGUUAAGAAAGAAUGUUUAAUUUUUACUUGUGGUGGAGAUAUCUGAUGGCUCUGUGCACUGAAAUUUAAUGAUUAAUUAUUACUUAUUGUGGAGAUGUCUGGUGGCUCUAUACACUGAAAUCUAAUGUUCUUUCGCAUCUUUUAUUUUUUAAUACGGUGUUUGCCAAUUAAGAUGGAAAUGUUUGUGAAUCUUAGUUUGCCCUUUGACGUUACACUAUACUAGUUUUUAGUCACAUAGUUUUGUGACUCAAAUUUCUUGCCGAAAUAAAUAUAAUUUAGGGCUGCUUAUUGGGCGGAUAAUUAUGUUUAACGGUUCGACAUGUCGGUCAUCGGCUUUUAAAUGUAUUAAUCCGCUAGCCAACCGAUAAGAUAUCGAUUGGUUUGGUAUUGAGGUAGCAAUUAUCGGGCGGUGUAUUGGUUAGUCAACGAGCUUUACCUGGAGCUCUUCGGGUAUUAAGAAUUAAAAAAUUAUGAGACAUUCUCCUUCCUUCAGCCCCAACUUAGGCAUUCAGUUAAAGAUCUGCUAGCAAAACGAAAAGUGCUAUUUAUCAACCUAGGUAUGGACUAUACUUUAAAAUGCUAUAAAUGUGGCGCUAAUUUAACCAACCUUCACAUUCAAAAAUGAAUUUGCUAAUGGUGUUUGAGAAAUUGGCUAUUGGUGGUCCACUAUAGAGCUAAGCCAGUAGAAGAAAGAAAGUAAAGAAGUCAAGUGAAAAGUGAAAAUAUGUACACAACCUUUGCACAAAUGAAUUGGAUCGGAAGCAAAUAAAAUGCACAUUGAUAUAAUAUAUUAAUAUUAAAAUGAGUGGGAGAUUGAUGGUCAUAUUAAGCAUUUUAAUAUUAAAUAUAUUGUAUUAAGUGCAUUUUAUUUGCUUCCGAUCCAAUUCAUUUGUGCAGAAGUUGUGGCCAUACUUCGCCCCUUGAAAUUCUCAUUACCGCUCCUCAUUUAUUUAGUGGAAGAAAUGAAGAAUGUAGCGGUAAUAUCCUUGUAGCUCUGUUCUCCAUUAAAUUAUUAUUCAUGUACAUUCUUUUUGUAACUGAUGUAACUUGCAAAUAAUAAUUUUUCCAUUAUCUCCCUACUUUACUAUUUCAUUCAUAUCUUAUUCAAUUGAAGGAUGAUUUUCUUAGCUAUAAAUAGUUAUUCAUCUUUAACUUGUGGUGGGAAAAAUAUAUUGACGAGUUCUUGAAAAAGUGAAAAAAAGAAAAGAGAGUUUAUUUAGCUGAAGGAAGGUGUUCUUUUUGGUGGAGUUUUGAACUCAACAUCUUGUCUAGAAUUUGUUGGGUUAUACGACGUGGUAGGGCUGUUGUAUCCUGGAGGGGACAAGUCAGGAAGAGUACUGUCGGACAGGUAAAAAUUUGUUGUAGUGGGCUUGAAUCUCUUUAAAGAGAGCUAGAUAUCCGCGCCUUAGCCUGAAGAUAGUUUAUUUUCUUAAUAUUAUUUUUCAAUUGUAAUUGUAUUUUCAAUUGUAUUAUCACCAACAAUUGUAAGGAGAUUCAAUG